UUGGCCAACGGCGCCGACGCCAACACCCGCGACCGCCAGUGGAUCACUCCCUUACACGUGUGCGCCGCCAACAAUGGUCUCGAGUGCGCGCGAGUCCUCUUACCCCACAUCAACUCCAUCGACGCCUCCGACAGAGUGGGCGCCUCUCCUCUACACCACGCCGUCUUCAACUCGCACUUGGAUUUGACGACAUUCUUGCUGUCAAACAGAGCUCAGGCCAAUCACUUCGACAACUGUGACCGAAGACCCAUCCAUUACGCGGCCGCUGUUGAUAACACAGACGCCAUUCGCUUUCUGGUAGACACGGGAGGCGCGGAGGUUGACGUUCACGACAAGGAUAUGAUGACACCUCUGCAUAUGGCGGCGGCCAAAGGGUCGCUCAAUGCCUUGCAUUUGUUGUGCGACUUCGGAGCCAAAAUUGAUGCAAUCGAUGCCUUAGGAAAUACUGCCGUCCAUUGGGCUGCCCUUCACGGACAGGACGACAUCCUCGAUGAGCUGAUCCUAAGGGGCGCUGAUAUCGGUUGUGUGAACCACAACGGCAUAACACCUCUGCAUUUGGCGGCCGGUUCUUCAUUAGGCACCAGUGCUUUAGACGUAUUACUCACACAUAAGGACUUAAUUGAUGUGAAUUCACGCGACAAAUACGGCAGAACUGCUCUGCAUUUUGCUGCCAAAUAUGGGCGACACAACAGAAUCGCUGAUCUGAUCCGAUGCGGGGCUGACUGUAGUAUUGCGGACAAGUGUUUGGCGACACCUCUUCAUUACGCGUCCCUCUCCGGGAGCGCGCCUGUGAUCGACGCACUCAUUACGAUAGCCAAAGCGGAUGUGAAUCUGAUCGACACGAAUGGUAUGAGUCCUCUGCACUACUCGUCAUUCGCGGGCUUCUCCAGUGCCUCAAAGCGUUUGUUAGACGCGAACGCAAACAAACAAAUAUGUGAUACCUGUGGCCGAACCGCUCACUUCUUGGCCGCCUAUUCCGGUAGUACUGAAUGUUUGCAACUCUUGAUGCCUUUACCCGAAACUCUUAUCGAUGCCUUCAAUCGCUCGCUCCUCCACUAUGCGGCCAACGCCCACACCUCCGACUGUGUCGACUAUUUGCUCAAGAAUUUCAAACACCAGUUUGAUAUCAACGGACGCGAUAUCAAUGGCUGGACUUCUUUGCACUACGCGUCGGCCCGAGACCACGACGACAAGCCCUGCGUCGACCUCUUGCUUGAGUUGGGGGCGGAACGGGAUAUCCCCGAUAAUCACGGUUUCUAUGCCUUAGAUUACGCGGCCGUCACUCGACUGACCACUUCUGCCAUCAAUAUAUCCAUUUGAUUACUAUAUCUACAGUUAGUAGUCAUUCAGUCGACUGAAAUUGCUUCGCAAAAACAAAG